AUGACCAACGAAACAGGUGGAGAAGGCGAUUCAUGGAAGAUUCAUUUCUCAUUUACUGGACGCACUUCAAGUGCUCUCCAACAAAAUAACAAUAACCCUUCGAAUAAUUACUUCUGGGAGAGUACCACACUAGAGGAAAGCCAGCCAACAUCCUACAUAUACAUUUUGACACAAAUUUUCCUCCUGAAAGACAUUGAAACUUUACGACGCAUUGUACUGGACCCGGAAGAGAUUAACACGAUAGUAAAACAUAAGGAAACAGUUUUGGAAAGUCUUCACGAUUAUGAGCAGCUCGAAGAACUCCAAUUAUUAACAGAUAUUAGACAAGUCCCUGAUGUGAAAUGUAAUAUCAUCGACGGCAAAUGUUUUACUGUGGAGCUUCCAAUAACAGAUCUGAUUGACCCGGAUAAAAAUUUAAGGCGCUUGUUGAGAGAUUUGCAGACUUACUCCAAAACUGUCAGUAAAAGUAUCACUCGGCAGAUUGAAAGUAAAGAAAAGCUAUCAACACCAUCCUGGGAAAUUAUCCAGAUAGAUGGCGACUCUGACUUUUUACGCCACCAAACGGAAAACGAGCUUUCUGAAAAUCACGUCGACAAGCAAGACAGAUAUUCGAUAAUCCACGAUUUGUUCUCUAAAGAUGCCGACUGCUACUAUGAAGAUAGAAUCUGUGCUGUUGAGAAGAGAGGGACACCUAGGAUGACAGCAGAAGUGGCGGAUGCAGAUAAUACGGAUGUUAGCAUGACACCAGGCUGUCAUCCGAAAAUCACGCAAUCAUCUGUAUUCAAUACAGAAGUUUGCAACAAAAAUUCAAGUGAAUUGAGACAUAAACGUGUCCUCAUUCAUGACAGUGACGAGGAAUCUGGUUGUGAUGAGAAUAAUAAUUCAUUUGAUUGCAUCAAAAAAUCAACCAGAAAGAAGCGUGUCCUCCUCUCUGACAGCGAGGAAUCAGAUAGUGGCAAAAAUCAUGGUACACAUAAUAACAAGAAACAGUCAAGAAAGGUUAGGUAUAAACGUGUCAGAACUUAUGAUAGUGAUGAGGUGUCUGAUGGCGACAUAUAGAUGAAUUUUCCUUAACUUAAAAAUAAUCAAGCAAAUUUGGGUAAAAAGCAUACCAGUCCACAAUUAUUUUAUGAAAGUUAUGAAUCUGAAAGAUUUAUACUGCACAUUCCUACAUUUAUGACAGUGAAAAGGAGUCUGAUAGAUAUAUUUUUAAUGACAACAAAAAUACUAUAAGAAUGAAGAUAUAAAUGUGCCCAACAAAACACUUUGCAAAGAUAGAUAUUACAACAAGAAACAUGACAGGAUAGUUACAAAAA